AUGCUCAGUUCGAUUCAGCACUUGACGACAGAAGAGUUUGUACCUUUCAAUCAACGCCACGGCGUAACGGUGAAAGCAACCAAAAAUCAACCUGGCACAACAAUAGAAGAUGCACCUGCACAUCAGGAUGCACAACCGGCGGUCUUUUUGAGUUCUCUUUCGGCCUGCUUCGAUUCACCCAUUACACUUAUUUUCCUGACGAUUUUACGACAUCCCCAUGCGACCUCGUUAUCGCGAGCAUCGGCGUUUGGAGUUUUCCUCAUCCUGCUUACAACACAAUCUUUCUGUUCAACACGUACAUAUGACAACCCCCCGGUCAUUGGAACGGGCAAUCGCAGAACUACGCUACAGAGCCGGGCCUACAAUUUUUUUUUAUUUGGGUCGACUGGGCCAGCAGUCCCCAACCCUUACGGAAUGAAGCUAUAA